ACGUGACAUAUAGCAGGCUGGCCGUUGCUGCAGUAGUAGUGGUGUGUGUCUGCAUGUGUGUCUGCUAACGUUACGUUACCUCUCGCACAGUUUGGCUGUGGUCGGCCCGAGCACACAGCGGAGCUUGGCGUCUGGAGAGAGGAAAACAGAGACAGGUAGCUUAGUUCGGGCGUGAAAGAUGGAGCUCUCUGCGGUGGGAGAUCGCGUUUUCGCCGCGGAAGCCAUACUGAAACGCCGCGUUCGUAAGGGACGACUUGAAUACCUGGUAAAAUGGAAAGGAUGGGCAAUGAAGCACAGCACUUGGGAGCCAGAGGAGAAUAUUCUGGAUGACAGACUGAUAAUGGGCUUUGAGCAAAAGGAACGGGAACGGGAAUUGCAUGGGCCGAAGAAACGGGGGCCAAAACCCAAAAACUUUGUCAUGAAGGCUCGUGCUCAGAAAGGAGGGACCAGCAGCCGAGCCUCAAAUGCCCGCCAGACUCCGUCACACUCCUCUACAUCCACUUCCAGCCAAGCAACUCCUUCCUCCUCCGCUUCGCCUCAUCAUUUAGCAUCUUCGUCCUCCUCUUCCUCAACCUUGGCACCCACUCCUAAACUCAAUUCGCUUGCAGCCACCCAUAAGCUGAAGAAAGACAUUCACCGUUGCCACCGGAUGUCCAGGCGCCCUCUUCCCCGUUCAGACCCCAUGGCGGCCGCCUUCUCCAACCCCGGUGGCUUCCCCUCGCGCCCGCAUGUUUCUCCUUUCUCUGAGACUGUCCGCAUCCUCAACCGUAGAGUCAAACCCCGGGAGGUCAAGAGGGGUCGGAUCAUCCUCAACCUGAAGGUCAUUGACAAGCCAGGUAGGGGUGGUGCAGCCGCAGGCAGCAGGAAUAUUACAGCAGGACGCCAAAACAUCCCUUCCCGCAAUCGCAUCAUUGGGAAGAAAGGAGAGGCACCCUAUAGACCUUUCCAGCCCCCUCUGAAGAUGCUGGGCUUCCCGAUGUACGGGAAGCCGUUUGGGCUGCAAUGUGGAGGCCCUUUGCCCUUUCCCUCCCACCCAGGGUCAUGCUCCAGCACAGGGGCCAGAGACACCCACUCCACUUCCUCCCAGUACCAGUCACCUCCUUCUCCUUCCAGCUCCAGCGGCUCUGAAGGAAAAUCUCCUGCCAAUGCUUCAGCUACUCAGUCCCAGCCAACCACCGGAGCUUCAUCUUCCAGCGAGGGUCCCAAGUCCAGUAAACCUCAGACAGAGACCAAGAAGGGUGAGGGCGCCAAGCUGCCUGCUCCUCCCACGUCCUCAGAUGCAGCGUCCGCAUCUCCCUUCCUCCCCUCCUCACCCUGUUCUUCUUUGGAAGAUGAGGAGGAGGAGGACCUCUCGGUCCCCCCAGAGGGAGGUAGGAAAACUCCUCGCCAACGCAGGGCUAAACACCAGCUGCCCGCCGCCCCUUCCUCUGUCACCCCUGGGGACCAGAGCUCUGCCCCCGCCGAACCCCGAAGGGUUCCCGCCGAGGGAGACCCCGACUGGCACCCUGAAAUGGCUCCAAGCUGCAAGGAUGUGGUGGUCACUGACGUCACCACUAACCUCGUCACUGUCACCAUAAAAGAGUUCCCCUCCCCUGCCUCCGGCCCCGCCUCACCCUCCCCUAGCCCUGAAGAGGCCUCCUCUCCUCCCCCGGGCACCACCUCUGAUGACCCCUCUCCACCCAAGCCAUAAGAGAUCAGAUGUUAUGAAGUCGAUUGCCAUUAAUGAUGAAUGAAAAAAAUAUCAUACCAGUGUUGCCACGUCAGCUUCCUCCUACCUUUUCCUUAAAGGUUUGUCCAUAUUUGUGUAACCAUUAAUGAAAUGUAAUGUAUCUUAAUACCGCCCAGCUAUUGAAAAGUAAAAAAAGAGCAUAUUUUUUUUAAAAGAAGAGUAUACAUUCGAAAAGGGGCAGCUAAUAUGCCCUUCUUGUCACUUAAAUCGCCAUAUUUUGUCGACUUGCACAGCACUGGCUCUUUGAAGCAGACUUGGAUGUAAAUGGUAUUUGUUUUCUUUCACUUGCUUCAGACAUGCUGAGUUCAGCUUGUUUGGUGUGAUUUUUAAAAAAAAAAAGGAAAAAAAAGUGAAAGGCUCAACCAUCUGGUGUGUGGGGUGAGCCCUUAACAAGCACACUUGGUGUAUGUAAAGAAAUAAAUACUCUUUAGAUUCAGGCCCUGCUGUGAAGGAUGUUAUUGACAGCCUUCAGGUGUUAUGCCAAUCUCCUGACCCUCCACCACCCCUUAUAUCGGAAGUCCAGCUUGUUAAUGAUAAAUGAGGUGACGUGUUUUUGCACUUAACACAGUUGGACUCAUAUAUUGCAUCAAUACAGCGAGGUAAAUGCAAUGCACUUGACUGCAUCGAAAAACGACCUAUUUUAUGUAGUUCAUCAAUUUUUCAAGGCCUUUUCCUCUCUUUCUUGAACGCACAUGCAUAUAUAUACAGUGUGAGUAUUUAUAUGCACGCACAACCUUAAAAGCUGCAAAAGAAUAUACAAAAACAAUAAUUAUUAAGUUAUUGCUUUCCUUGUCGUCUUUCCCUGCUUGCCUUGUUUUCUCACAAACCCACCACCUUCUACAACUCUGUGACGUCCACCAAGACUCUAAACUGGCCUGCAUUUAGUUGUAAAAAUGUUUUCUUUAUGCCAGAUCUGGACCAUAUAACUUUCAGUUUGUCAAGGUCUAGAAGGUCCAUGAGCAGAACACAGUUCAGGCUGAAGCCAGCAACCACAUGCAGCUAAAAAUACCAGUUACCUUUGAGCUGCUUGGCAGGUGGUUAAAGCCUGUGUAACGUGUAUCCAGGCAGUUUUGGCUUCUAAAAAUCAAUAGCGACUGGUAGGUUUGUCUGUUUACCUUCCACUUUGGCAGGUAGAGCAAACAGCUUUACACCCUGCUUUGGUCCUUUGGAUGUUGCUGGUCAGUCUUUUAGCUAACAGUACUUUUUUAGUAGCUCCAAAAAAAAGUGGUUCAUGUAGCAUUGGUUCUGUCUCUUCCUGCUACCCAUUUCAGGCUAGAGGAACCAGACAAAGCCAGGAAUUUGAGGACAAAGGGCAUCCUUUUUUCUGUCAACUUGUUCACUAACUUUCUAUUAGGCAUUGUAAUGUUACUCUGCCAGUUUCUUUUGGAUAUAUCAUAUAAAUAUCGUAUAUAUACAGAAAUGCAAUAUAUACACCUUUUCAGGCUGAAUUAUGUUGACACAGUUUCAGCUUUUCUCUCAUUUGAAAUAACAUGCAGGUUUGUCUCUCAAAUUUCAGCCACUGUCUGUAGAAAUGUUGCUUGCAUUGAGAAAACCUAUUUCUUUGUGCGUUGCAGGUUUGCCACUUGCUACAAAAUGGGUUAUUGUUGUUUUUUUUUAAAUUUUUGUUUUUUUCUCCAAGUGAAAAUCAGUGACACUUUAAUUAGCACAGUCCACAAAUUUCUGCAUAAAGGGUUAAGAGUAGCAAUAACGUUUUUCUUCCCUGCUCAGGUCUCUGUGAGCAAGGCACCAGGUCGUGGCUCUACACCCUAACCUUUGACCAGGUAAUUUCCUUACUUGUGGUUACACAGUGCUCUUAAUCACAUGCAGAGGAACCAUGAGGAACAGGACCCAACCAUGCUCAAACAUGAAAAACGUCCUCUCUUGCCGCUGGUUUCUCUUGGGGGAAAUUUGCCUCAAGACAAAUUAUCUUUUGUCUGUGGUUGAUAAAUGUAUCUACUCUGUACUUUUCCAGCCACUUUAUCAAGUUACAAUUGAUCAGAUGCUUCUUUUUUUUUAUUGUCCCAGUUGACCAAGUCUUUUGUUUCCUCUCUUGCUCCUUUUGCCUGUCACCAAGGCAAAAACUAUGACUAAUGACCUGUUGUUUUCUGACCAGAGAGCAAAGGAUGUUGACACAGGAUUUUGUUUUCUCCGGAUACACCAGGUGUGCGGUCUUUUUCACUGCUAUCAUGUUAGUCAGAAAGUGUGUGGUUGUCUGGUGGUUAGAAAAAGAUGUGAUCCAUCGCUCACUUGUUCUUGACUGCAAAUCUCCCGAGCUCAGUCCCUGCAGGGUGUUUCCAGCUACAUGCCUUGAAAGUGUUUAAAGUUUUUGACCUUCAAGUGUACCUGAGAUACUUCAAAAGAAACCUGGCCCUUUUAUACACAGACUCUAAACCAUUUUCUGGAGCAGUCUACUCUUUCUAGACCUUCCCAGACCUUGGCUCUUACUCUGGUGUACCUGUAUGUUACAAUAUUGAAAAAUCUUCCGCAUGUGUUGCCUUCUAGCUGCUCCGUUCAACCCAGCCGCACUCCAGGCAACGUUUACCUCGUCUUACUCAGCUCUUACAUGCUAAAAAAAACAAACAAACAAAAAAAAAAACUUCCUUACCUGCCAUGACUUGGGUGGUAAAGAUUACAAUGUUGCAAACAGUAAUGACCUUGAUAAGCUUCAGAUGUCUCAUUUUCCAAAGGUGCAAGCGCAUCGCUAAAGUCUUUGUUAACACAGACGAGGAAGAUGUCGCCUCCUCUCCUGUCAUGUACUGAAUGGUUCUAGUUGUUGUCAAUACUGUUUCAGUACUCUCAUAGGUUACACGUGGAAGGAUUUAUUCCAAAAUGACACAUCCAUUAUAUGAAGGAAAAAUGUGAAUCCUAUGAUAUGCUCUAGCUUAAAUUCAAAUUGAGAUACUUAACUUUAAAUCCUUAUUUGACAAAGCGAAAACAGACUUGAGUCCUCUAUAUUUUUCAGAAACCAAUGAAGGAUUAUUUUCUUCUCCAAAUGGAUAUAUCAUGAUUUGGAAUAGAUUUUUUUUUUUUUGAUUUUUUUAUUUUUUAUUUUCAUCUACUAUAUCUUUAAGUGGUGGAUAGAAGUGACUCUUGCGGUUGGUAGAUUUGUAAGGUAUUUAGGCUGCUAGAUGAUGUUUCCAAAAGUUGAUCGCAAUGUUUUUCUUCUCUCUUUCUCAUAUGGGGUAGCACAACUCAACUUAGUGGCCUAUCUUUCAACCAAAUAGGGCUCUUGAUUUUAUUAUUUGAUGGUUUUUAAGCCUUUUUUCCCCUUUUUAAAUUGUUUUACAUUUAUAUGUGAUGUAAUUUUGAGUGCUAGAUUUAUUUGGCACUAAUUGGAUAAAAAGAAGGAUUCUUGUUUAAAUGUAUCCAUAAAGAUGCUUAAUGAUUUUAAAAUUGUGCUUUUUAAGCCUUUUUUCCCCUUUGUACUGUACUUUAAUACUUUUUUUUUGGAAAUAUGCAUAAUGUUAAUGUGAUGCUGUUUAUUUGAAUGCUAUUUUUUAAUAGUCCAAUAUGGGUUUGAUCAGAAGGCAAACUCUGAUUUUUAAUGUGUCAAGACUGCAGUUUUGUCUGGUUUAAUGCUAAUAUGAAUUAUGUACAUUGUAUUGAAGGUAAUGAUGAGGAGGUGGAGGAUAUGAUGACAUUGUAAUGUAUCUGAACUUCUGAAGCAUGUUUUGCAAACCCUUAUUGUACAGAUUAUGUAUUCAGUGUCAUGUUACUUGUCACUAUUGUUGCUUUCUGUGUCUGUUUCUUGUACAAGGCUUUGAAUUAAAAGCUCUUUAAAAAGCA